AUGUCUCAGGCAAAGACAUUAGCUAAUCUCCUUCAAGAGGCUGAACAAUUGACAGCUGAUAUUGGAGGAGACGAAGAAUUACCACGAGUAAGAAGAAACCUGCAACAAAUAGCAGAGGCAGGUCAACGUUUGCUUAGUAAAACAACUGUGGGACUUCCUGAAGAUCAUACAGAUGUUAAAGCGUCGAUACUUUUGGGCUCUCGUGGAUUUGAUGUGCCUAAAUCAUCUCAACGUAUUGAGACACUUAAUGCAGCAAAAACUCUUGAGCCUAUAGAACCAGUAUGGGAGACAGACAUUGAGGGGUUUUUACGAAAUGAGAGAGAAAACACAUUGUUAGCUGUCAUUGAAGAGUCAAGGAAAAAUACCUUUAACGAAGCAGAUCAACGUCAAUGGCAGAGUAUGGAGAAUAAUUGGGAAGAAGAGAAAGAGAAAAUCCUCAAUUCCUUAUUAGGCAGUAACCAAGAUACAAUAGAGUUACCUACACAUUCUGAAAUAUCGGAAUAUAUUCGAGAUUUGGUCUACAGUAACCUGUCCCAGUCCCAACUUGGAGGGGUUCCUGGCGAAGGUCACUUUCAAGCUCAACGUCAUCCUCACCUGUAUUUUCAAGUUCUUCUCCUCACAGCUCAGUUUGAAGCUGCAAUUGAGUUUCUUUCUCGUGUGGAGUCUCUUCGUAGUCAUGCCGUUCACUUUGCUCUCGCCUUACAUGAUCUUGAUCUACUAUAUUUAACCCUUCUUUUCACUCUAAUCUUAGUUAAAGAACCUAAUGGUCUACAAAGACUUAAUUUAGGUCGUUUAGUUGUCAGUUAUACGCGUAAAUUUGCUCUUACAGAUCCUCGGGAAGCUCUGGAAUAUUUUUACAGAUUAAGAACUUUGAAAGAUGGACAAGAAAAGAAUUUAUUUUUAUCUUGUGUGAGUGAUCUUGUAACAGAAAGUAGAGAGUUUGAAAUGCUUCUAGGUCAAGUUCAACCUGAUGGAUCAAGAAAACCUGGAUGUAUUGACAAGUUUGGUAACAAAGUUGAAGAUCUAAAUGUACAAACAAUCAUUAAUUUUGUGGCUACUGAGACAGAGAAUCAUGGUCGUUUUGAAGAUGCUAUUCGACUGUAUGAUUUAGCUCAAGAAUAUGGUAAGGUGUUGGAACUGCUGUGUCAUCUAAUGGGUGGAAUUGUCUCUGCCCCUUCUCCUCCGCAAUCUGAUAGACAUCGUCUUAAAAAUUUAGCUGUGUCAAUUGCUGAAAGGUAUCGUAACCUUGGUUACGCUGCCAGUCAUCAAAUAAGCCACACCUUUUUUCUUCUGCUGGAUUUGAUUAUUUUUGAUUCCUAUCACGCUAAAAGAAUCGAUGAAGCGUUAGAAUUACUCUUCUUCCUCCAAUUGGAGAAACUCGUGGUGAAAUAUCGGGAGUUGGAGGAUUGUAAGAUGUACUGCGAGAUAAUUGUUGGUGGGGCACAGCUCUAA